AAGGCAAAAGGGGAGGUCUGAGGGAGGGCCCAACAAGGGGGGAGGUUUAAAGACCCAAGAGAGUGAGAGGAGGAGUCAUUGCAGAGGAAAGCAGAGAGGAGAGCUUUCAGAAAGCACAAAAGCAAAUACUUCUGUUCCAUAACGGCUUCUUUAAAGAUGGAUUUAGGUGUUCUUCAAUUUCUGGAAAGAGAAAGAGUCCUUGAGGUCCUUCAAAGGGACAAACAACUGCGGAGGAUUGAAGAGGAAAGAAUCAGAAAGAUGAAGUGUGAUCUGCAAGAGCUACGGAGGAAGGGUGCCAAGAGCUACACCCGGCAGUAUGGCGAGAGAACCUGCGCCCGGUGCCAGAGGUCUUUGGGAAAGUUCUUGAACACAGGCGCUGUGUGCCGGGGAUGCAGCCAUCGCAUCUGCAGCAGGUGCCGUGUUGGGGCCACAGACUGGAAGUGCACAGUGUGCCAUGCUUAUAGAGAGGUGAAGAUCCGAUCAGGAGAAUGGUUUUUGGAAGAAAGGGCAAAGAAAUUUAAAAUCACCACAGGAAAGUAUGAAACUGCUGGGGAGAAACUAUUAAAGCUCUACAGUGUGCAGAGAAACAUAUAUGUUGUGCCUCCAACGCCUCCACCUCACAUGGAAUAUGAAUUUAGAGGGAGAUUCAGGGAACUAAAGAAUUCCAAGGCUUUCACACAAUCUAUGGAAGAUCUCAUGCUUAGCUUCAGGAGUCAUAUUAAAAGAUUCUCCAACUCUCAGAAUGAUGUGAGAGGAGACCUGCUGACAGUAGACCCCAACCGGACAUGUUUUCGUUAUAGCACCCAAAAAAGCCUUUCAGAAACAGACAUCCACAAAUCUUGCUCUCUAUCUAAACAGGAAAGUCUUCCAAACCUGUUCAAGAAAAGCAAAGACAGCGACCAUGAGAGUUCAUCUACAGGUGCAGAGGAAGAAACCUCGUUCAGCUCGGAGCAAUCUAUUAAUCACAGAGGCAGCAUUAGCAGCAUCAGCACAGAGUGUGGGAUCUUUGAGGGCAUCCUUGUGUCUGGGGAGAUGGAGCUUGCUGUGGCUUACAACCACAGCUGCUCUUGUCUGGAGAUCACAGUCGGUUCCUGCAGAAAUCUGGCUUAUGGAAACAGCAAGAAAAAGAAGAGUCACCCAUAUGUGAAACUCUACGUGCUUCCAGACAAAAACAGUAAAAUGAAGACGUCGGUGAAGAAAAACACAACUGACCCCGUUUAUAAUGAGGUUUUUAAGUAUAAUAUAGAGCGCCAUCUGCUGUUUGGAAAGAGACUGCAGGCCUCUGUGUGGCAUUCAGGGACCCUCACAAAGAAAGUGUUUUUGGGUGAGGUGCUCAUUCCCCUGGAUGGCUGGAGACAGGAGAACAGCACCUUCCAAGGCUUAUACUGGUACCCACUGUGUCCAAAGGCUGAGACUCCAAGUGGUAGCACAGCAGACUUCAAUGGACACUGAAUCUCCAACAGUCAGGUCUCUGACAAUGUGGAAGAAACCAGGAACUCAUGGAAAGAAGCCCAUCUACAUGAUCUGGGAUCUGCUGGACCACAGCUGUAUCUGGAAGAUGCUUGAAUGGACUCUAAUAACAGCAGUUGUGCUUUUAAUAGUAUCAAGUGCCACUUUACGUUGAAACUUUCCUAUGAAGCAUUCCUAAUAACAUUAGACACAAAAAUCACUUUUCUUUUGAAAAAUAAGAUUUUAAAGUCAAUCAUUUUUUUUAUAUUACGGUAUGAACAGAUUGCAUUAAGUCUAUGUAGGAAAUAAAUUCAUUUAUCAAAGGUUAUAUGUUUUUAAAGCAAAGGCUUUAACAAAGGCUGGAUAGAGCAUAUUG